AUGAAUUCUACCCGGAUUGCUCGCCGGUCUUCUCUCAGAACGCCUGUUCCCAUUAAUCAUCUUUCUUCUCACUCAUCCUCUGGGAGUUCGGAUGAAGGAAACAGCGCUGACUCUGGUUCGGUAUAUAAACCGAAUUCCUCCAGCUCUACAUCAAGCGAACCUGAUAUCCCUUCAGCUGCUUCCGAUGAGUUAAAGAUGACGGAAUCAGCUUCCGCGGAUGAACACACUGCUUCGGAGAAAAGGAUGACCCGGUCUCAUGUGAAAAGCCGAUCACGGCCUUGCACUAAAACUGAGUUGCAAAAUGCACCGCUUGUCAAUGAGUCUACUGGUCCUGAUCAAGCUAAACAGCUGAACUACUCUUCUCCCUUGUACAGAUAUCUAACAAGCUGUAGGCUCAAAGGAGUGACCUCUGUGAAAAGGAUUGCGAUCAACUGUUUUUCCCAAUCAGUUGAAUCACUCCGUGGUCUUUUUUUACACGCCGUUCAUCCGUUUGCUUUUCAUGAUGGUAUUGUGUUCAAAGAGGAAUUUAACGCCAGACAGGCUGUACUAUUUCCGAUCAAUGUCUCUUGGCAACCAUAUUCACACGCGGAUGAACUAGGUUGCCUGCCCGAACCGUAUUUGAGCCCCCUGAUAACGAGUCAGGAUCAACACCAGGCUUCUGUCCACUACACAAGGUUGAAACGCUUCGAGUUCAGCAAAGAACAUGGUCUGAUCUACGUGGGCGGGUUCGUAAAAUCCAUUACUUGGUGUCCGACACGUAUGUUCACUGACAACAUUGGUAUGGAGAAAAGGGAUUCAAUGUACAUAGCCGUUUCUACCUACCCAUCGCCAGCCACCCGCUUCUCUUACGCUGAUCCUGUACAAACGCAUUCCGGACUCAUUCAGAUAUGGAAUUGCGGCGAUCUCAGAUUAUCUGGACCUCCUCAGGUCUGGCAGCCGGAACCACAUUUGCUCAUUGCUCACGAAUGGGGCCACGUCACGGACAUGUGUUGGCUCCCACUGUCCAUUACUUUGGUCGCUAGAAUGCCAAAAACGCUCGCUGGAAAACUCGUGUGUUCCCCCUCGCAAUUUUCACCUUCACCAUUGAUCCAUCGAACUCUGGGGCAUUUGAUUAUCGCUUGCCAGGAUGGUAUCGUGCGUGUGAUUGCGAUUCCACGACUCCAGAUGGACCCCAUCUACUUUCAGACGAGAAGACGUAUGCCGUUGUACAAGCUGAUUCCGAAAGCAAUAAUGAAGCUGUCACCGUGCGCCUCAAAAGCCGUCGAUUGGAUAGGAUGGCCCACGCGGUUACACAUUCGCGCAGAGUUCCCGAAUCGUCUAUUUGUGGGUUAUUCAAGGGGGCACGUGGCCUACUACGAUUUGAGUUGUGUUCAUCCGUUGUUGUUCACAGCCUCCGAGUGUCAUCUGAGUCCUGUUCGACUGUUCCGGUUGAUAAACGGUCCGGUGCGAUGUUUGUCGCUGAACCCAGUGAAUGGGCGAAUGCUCAUGGUUCAAGGUCUGGACACCGGAAUACGUGUCUGGGACCUAGAGGACACUGCUUCGAACAUCACAGAGGCACCUGAAAUGGCUUGGCGUGUGAACUAUGGUACAGCCGGAAGCAACAUCAUGUGGCACAGUCGAGGCGACACUAUAUUUAUCUCACGCGAAUGCAUUGCCCGGAAACAAGAUCCUUCCAACAAGAAAGGGGCAGAGUUUGAAAACUUGGCCGAUCUAAUCACUCGCCUUGACAACGCCUUGUGUCAAACAAUGUGGGAGGCCCCAAGCAUCUACACUCGUAUAUUGGUGCCUUUGGGUUUGCAAUCAGUUACACAUAUUGACCUCAGCGAACCGCUAAAUGCUUUGCUUUGUGCCACCGACCGCGGCCGAAUCGAAUUGGUCUUGUUUUCAAUGGACGGGCGAUUCAAACCAGCGCUAAGAUACAGGUACUUGGGCCAAAUUCGUUUUCCCAUUUGCCAAUGGUCACCAAGUCCCCGGCUGUCUACCGAAUCCAUUGAUGGAACUAUACAAACGUACCAAGAUUUCGCUGCAAAGUUAUUGGCUUCCAAGAAUCGUCUGCUACCGUUGUCUGAAGCGUCAGUUCCUACAUCUACGUGGAACAUUAAUGAUUUCACUGAUCCAAGCUGUCCCGAUUGCCACUCUGACCGGUCGAUGUGUUGGCAUAAAUUGUGGACACAUCACAAACUGACCAUCUUCAAAAACAGAUACGUACCAGCUAAACCGUAUAUCGAUUAUCAGAAGACGCCGCUGCUGAGUAUUUCUCAGGAGCCGAGGUGUAGAAGAUCGAACGGAUCCAACAUGUCGCUACCAGGCCCAUUCCAAGUCUACGAGGAUUACCGGAUGAAUAAACUGGAACCCUAAACAUUGUCCUAUCGUCGGGUGCUAGUCGAUCUCAUCAUGACCUAUCGAAUAUUACAUCUCGGUAACGUCCCUAUGUUGAGGCCGCUACUUCACUUACGAACGCCAUGCAGCGCAUGCGGACACCAGUACCAGUUUGUGGUGCCGCAUAUAAGACGAUGACCCCACCUCGAACGGAGAGUGGCAAAUGUUCGGAACAGUCUGCCAGAAUAAGUCCUCGAGGCCAAAUCUCUGCAGCAGCAGUUCAAAACGAUGUUGGAUUCACAUUUCACAGUCAUUCGAUUCAGAGAACGAGUACACAGUAACAAUGACAUCUUACAUUUGUGAGCCCAGUGAAAGUGUCGGACAUUUUAAAAUGCUAGAUAAGAACUUGAAGAAUGACUGGACAAGCACAGGUGGCAUAAACUUUUUAUUACAAUUCUAACUAUACUGCGACGGAGUUGCACAGAUCCAAAUUUCAACUUGCUCCCACAAUACAGCAUUCAGUAAUGUUCAAAAAACUAUAUCGAAGCUGUUUGUCAAAUAACUGCGCCAAUGCACAUGCUAACCAGAUAACACAUCACUGUCGGUUGUGUAUACUGAUGUCCUCCUCACGAAGGCAUACAUCUUGGGAGCUACGUAUAGAAGGG